AUGACCAACCCCGGAAACGUUGCCCGUGGCUUGAAGGCCGCCAUCAGCAAUCCCAACGUCUCGGACGAAGCGAAGGAGCGCGCUGCCGAGCGCCUUGACUCGAUGCAGGACAGCGGUGAGCUCGAGUCUCGCGAGGCGCACAACGCCAACGUCGCCAUCGGCCACAAGGCUGCUCUUGCCAACCCCAACAUCUCUGAGGAGGCGAAGGAGCACUCUGCUCAGGUCCUCGAUGACAUGAGUUCUUGA